AUGGCGCCUAGGUCGUCCCCGUGGCCGGUCUUGGCAGCCGAUACGGAAAACUCUGCAGCUUCGAGCCACACUAUCAAUUUGACGCAGCGCGCAGUCAACCAGCAACACGAUGCGAAAGCGAUUAUCGAACACGUCCGAGAGGGUCGAGGAAGCCUCCCCAAGCCGGUGAUGCAGUUUGUGGAGGCGGCCUUGAAGACCGCAGAAAUGCUCACCACGGUCAACCUGGAUAGCGACCUGAGGCGUGAGCUGAAGGAGUUGAGCGACCGCUCCCAGAGGGAGUUCGCCCAGCUACGACACGACGUCACAACGGUCAGGAUCCAAACCGACCCCAAGAACACGCUCAGCACCAAACGCGCCAAACUACCAGGCACAUCUGUGGAAGCAUUUCUGAACAGCGUGAUUAAUCUAGCUAAGAAAGCCCGAGAGCAACCAUCCGGACAGGAGAUCCUGGGAAAGCUAAACAGUUUGCAGCCGAUCGUAGAAGACAUUAUCCUCAUCAAGAACGCAGUCAACAAUGCACUCGCAUCACCGGCUCCUGUCGCACCCAACGCAGCCACUCGAAUUGCCUCCUGGGCUGACGUAGUCCGGUCGGGCGCGCCUUCAUACCCGUCGACACCGAACAGCAGAGCCUCCACAAACCGCAAGUGUCAGGGAUAG